AAGGAGGGUGUGGGUUCGAAUCCCCCCACUAACAAUUAACAAUUAUCAUUUGCCUAUCAAAAAAAAUUACUUACUCACAAACUUUAUUAUCAUUCAAGGACAAUCAAACAAAUUACAAUGCUGUUGGAGAAAUGUUGAUGAAGAGGAGAUAAAUUUAUUGGAGAGGACACCUUACAUUGCCAUAAAAAGACCAUUGUCAUAAGUAUUACUACAAUACAAAAACUCAUGUAUCACAAUGGGAGCGACCUAAUUUAACUCAGGAAGUUGUCUCGGAUCACUCAGACUUGUCUGUUGGUGGUGGGUAUGAUCAAUCAUCUAAUUUACCACGUUGCAUGCAAUGCGGUGGUUGGGGUGUUGGCCUUGUUCAAGCAUGGGGUCACUGCAAUCAUUGCACAAGAGUUUUGAAUCUUCCACAAUGUCAAUAUUUGUCCUCAAAUGUGAAUAAUCAGCAAAGAAGUGCUGCACAUCCCUGUGAAAAUUCUGAUAAAAACGCUAGCAAACAGAGGUUCAGUUCGAAACCUCCAUUUGAUAAGGGAAGUAGAAAAGGGGGCAAGAAACGUGCUUAUACAGAGGAUGAUGAGUUGGAUCCCAUGGACCCUAGCUCCUAUUCUGAUGCUCCUCGUGGUGGCUGGGUCGUGGGUCUGAAAGGUGUGCAACCACGAGCGGCUGACACAACAGCAACAGUAUGUAAAUUGUUUUGUCUUCUUUUUGCUUCUAUUUUCAGAACUAUUUUCUUAUCUUUUGUGUAGUUUCUUUUCUUGUUGAUCCAUUUGAUAUCUUAGUUUUUAAUGCAUUUUUAGCCAAAAGAAUUCCUUCAAUCUGGUAUCCAUGGAUUCCUCAAUACUUGAGAAAUUUUUUGUAACUUAAUGUAGUUAUCCACGAAAAUGUCCAGUGUUUAAACAAUCACAAAGUUUGC